GGGGAGAAUCAGUUUCGGCGUUUUUGUAGUCGUGAACUCUCACCUCUUCGAGGCGAGCCAAAGCCAAGAAAUCCCUAUGAUAGGUAUAAUAUAUCCUUUCAUCAUGGUAGUUGUAUCAACAUAAUGCCGUUCUUGAUCCUAGGAUUUAUCCUCCUCCAGAUGAACAUGACCACGAGAAAAAGGACCUCCCCAACAGCACUUCUAUAUCUAUCGCGACCAAUACAAUGCCUCUCCCGCUGAUACCUGUUGCGAUCGGAGCGGUGUCAACCUCCGUCGCCACCGUGAUAACAUGGUUCUCGUUGAAGUACCAAUCCUUGAACCAGCAAGUCCAAGAUCUUGUCGACGUGCAGAGACAACAGGCGGUGAAGAAUUAUGAUCAUUUGAUCGUUCAUGUCUUACAUUAGUAUACUAUCUUCUACCUCUUCCUCUUCUAAGCGCCCGUAAGCAACGCGACAGGUGACGCGUUAAAGCAGUGGCUUCGACCGCUUGGUGGCUAUUUGGUUAAAGCCUUCACUGUGACAACGGUGAUCAGCAUUACAGGGAUUUUGUCUACGAGCCUUUUGGGUCUCCUGUGUCUGCGUGAACUGAAGAUCAUGAGGCACGAACAGCGAGAACAGUACGAGAGGAGCAGACCAAGCAGGAGGCGAAGAGCUGAAGACAACUUAAGAAAGGCCGUUGACUAUCGCAUGAUCAGUAGUUGAAAUUAUGGUCGUGAACAUGUUGAAGUAGUGCUCCUCUAAAUCAUAUUUGAUACAACUACUUGGUUUCAUCCCCCCACCUCCUCCUCUUCUAAGUAGACAGAACGAGGACACUCAUGACGAAAACCAGGCGCAGGACGAGAAGGACAAAGGCAGAUGGACGGUCGAAAAAGAACCUCCAGAAGAUGACCAGUUAGGUGGUUCGUCUAGAAGCACAGCAUGUAGCUCGUCUACAUCGCGCAUACAUACACAUAGUAAGUAGAUGAAGUUGAUGAAAGUAGAGGUUGACAUCUAAGGAGAAGGAGAAUUAUUUUGACCUAAAGAACAUGCGCGACAUGUCAUAUUGAAUAGCACGAAGAGCAAUUUUUCAUACGAAAGAAGUGGAAAACCUUUUUCAUCCCUUGAUUUUUUUGUCUUGUGCAGCAGCAAGCAUUGAUUAUAAGCGCCAGGAACACACGACAACUACGCUCUUCACUAACGCACAGCUCGUUUCGGAUUCAUCCAAAGUCAGUUCAAAACGUUUCGCUCAACUUUUUGCAUGAUUCAUUCUGCAGCAGCUUCCUUUUAUUCCAAAGUAGAUGAACGUUACCGAUACAUCAACAGAAGCGAAUGCGAAAGAGAUUGAGCAGCGGCGUCUAGAUUCUCCUUGAAGAUCAUUUUGUUGCGUUGGAUUGUAAUUGAGCUGCGAAAGCGGACUGGGACUUUCAGAGAGGACGAUAAGAGGAGAUGAC